AUGCCCAUCUUGUACAUGCACAGUAAUCCUGAUCUUGAGAUGAACAGACAAAGCAGAAAAACAGAGAACCAGAAGAGGGCCGGAGAGAGAGGACAGUGGGCCAGUAAAACAGAAUAUUUGCUGGUUGUUGCAGGAAAUGUGGUUGGCCUGGGCAACGUGUGGAGAUUUCCUUACCUCUGCUACAAGAAUGGUGGAGGGGCCUUUCUGGUGCCAUAUGGUCUGUUAGCCGUCGUUUGUGGGAUACCUCUGUUCCUACUGGAGAGCUCAGUUGGUCAGUACACCCAGGAAGGAUUCGUCACCUGUUGGAGGAAGUUGUGUCCUCUGGCACAAGGGAUUGGAUUUGGAAUGCUCAUAAUCUCGUUCUGUGCCUUCACCUACAUUUUAAUUGAAGUUUGGGCUCUAUUCUACCUGGUGUUCUCAUUCAGAUCCCAGUUCCCCUGGGCAAACUGUGAGAACACCUGGAAUACAGCUAACUGUCUUGAUCUUCAUACUUUCAAUUCCUCUAAUGCGAGAGCAAAUCAGACCAACACCACCUCUGCUGCAACUGAGUUCUGGGAACGGCGGGUGCUGGGCAUGUCUGGAGGCAUUGAGGAGCUGGGCAGUGUGAGAUGGGAGCUGGCUUUGUGUCUUCUGGCCUGCUGGGUGUUCUGCUACUUCAGCAUCUGGAAAGGUGUCAAAUCUUCUGGAAAGGUAGCAUAUUUCACAGCCCCGUUCCCCUACGUAAUGCUCAUUAUUCUGCUCAUCAGAGGUUUUACUCUCCCUGGAGCAUGGGAAGGGAUCUACUACUACCUGUAUCCAGACCUGAGCCGCCUGGCUAACAUUGAGGUCUGGAUAGAGGCAGGAUCUCAAAUAUUCUUCUCCUACAGUCUGACUGCGGGGACUGUUAAUGUCCUGGGCAGCUAUAAUGACUACAACAACAACUGUUAUAAGGACUGCUUCUGGCUCUGUCUACUGAACAGUGGGACCAGUUUUGUUGCUGGAUUUGUCGUCUUCUCUGUACUUGGAUUCAUGGCUCAGAAACAAGGUGUUACUGUCGACACUGUGGUCGAUUCAGGUCCAGGUUUGGCCUUCAUUGCUUACCCUCAGGCAACAGCUAUGAUGCCUUUCCCACAGUUCUGGACUGUCUGUUUCUUCCUGAUGCUUAUUCUGCUGACUGUUGACACACAUUUUGUGAUUGUGGAGAGUGUUAUCACCACGGUGACCGAUUUGUUUCCCAAGUUGUUUCCUGCACUACUGAGACACGAGAUCUUUGUUCUCUUCAUCUGUGCAUCCAGCUUCCUAGGACAUCUAACCUUGGUUACAGAGGGAGGAGUUUACGUAUUCCAACUCAUUGACUUCUAUGGCUCUACCAGAGUGUGCCAGAAUGUUAUGGCUAUUUGUGAAUGUGUGGCUGUGGGCUGGAUUUUUGGUGCUGACCGCCUUAAUAACAUCAUUGAGGACAUGACAGGACAGAGACCCUGUGUAUUCUUCAAACUAUGCUGGAAAUACGUCAUUCCUCUGCUGUCACUGAUUUCUUUAAUCCUGUACCUGGUUGAUUACAAACACCUCAGGAUUAAUGACUGGUACGUUUACCCUGACUGGGCUUAUGCACUGGGAUGGACCAUGACACUCUCCUCUGUCCUCAUGGUGCCACUGUGGGCAGCUGGACAGAUGUGUAUGACAGCAGGAACCUUCAGACAGCGUUGGUCUGUCCUUUGUCGACCUGCUGAAGAUCCAGCCUGGCAGAGGAGAGAUGAGCGAGACGAGGGAACGAGUGUCGAACUGAGGACGUCUGCAGUGACAACUUAG